AUGCGUAAACAGAUUGAAGAAAUCAAAGCAGCUCACAGUGAGGAGGUUAAAGUACUGCGAGAGCGACAUUCGAAAGGUCACAAGGAAUGGAACAAAGAAAGGUUUGAUCUUCAACGCAAGAUCAAGGAGUUGGAAGGAAACGUUCAGAUAUUGGAAAUCGACCGUCGUAACUUUCUUAGUUCGAAGGACUCCAGCGAAGCGGAGCGAAUUCACUUGCAGAAUGAAAGGGACACCCUCAUCGCUCAUCUACAAGACACGGAAAUCCAUCAGCUUGCCAACAAAUACAAGCUAGACCGUGUGUCAGAUGAUCUGGGCAACACGGUUUCUAAGCUUAAUUACGUGGAAGCGAAACGACCAGAAAUGAAUGAAAUUAAUCAGAUCAUUCGAAAGGCAGUGGAACAGCUUAAAGCCGUUCGUGAAGAUAUGGGUAAAGCGAAGGAACUCGAGAAAACGAUUAAUGCUUCAAUUGAAGAUUCAAGCAACAGGCAUGCAAAGUCCCGGUCUGCUCUGUUGGGAAGUGAACUUGUCAGUGAUAUCAUGUCGAAGAAAAACGGAGCGGAACACCCCAACAGAGUCUCCAAUGGAGUCAACGAAAGCAGUUUUGACGGAAGCAAGACCGACAUUAGUAGCAACGGCUCACCGAGUCCUACCGGAAGACGAAAGUUGGGUUCUAUUUUUGCCACUUUACGAAGAGGUCGUGUAAAGGAGAAACGCAUGUUGUUCAGCAGAGAUCAGUCAAGCUCGGUAGAAUCUACCGAUCUUGGUCAGACGAUAGGCGCGCUGGGUAUGCAGACGGUUGUCCCUGGCAUCGAUUCUUCGUCGGCAGAGAAGGUCUUGCAUAAUCCGAAGUUGGACCCUAAGCAAAAGCGCUCGAACAGCGCCACUCGCCUUCUAGCCAAACUUCGUCGACGCAGCAAAAGUCGGGACAGCACAACUUCGCAGAAAUCUGUCGACACCGACUCGAAACAAUCGGCUGAUGAAAGCGAUGAGAAACAUCAUCGGUCAAGAUGGCGACUCACCCUAAUCAAGAAGCACAGCUCUCCACAUGAAUCGACAACGCAAGCAGUAAUUCAGCAUUCUUUCGAUGAAUUAAUUGUUGCACUCUCUCGCUUUAAGUCUGCGUAA